CCGAGAAACUCUCACUCUCUCCCUACCCUCCACCCUCUCUCUCUCUCUCUCUCUCUCUCUCUCUCUCUCUCUCUCUCUCUCUCUCUAUCUCUGCGCUGCUCUGCACGCUUCGGCACGGGGAUUCCAAUCCCCAAUUUUUCAAAAUCAAGGAACCAAAAACAGCCAUAGCCAUAAAGACAACACCACAAACAUCUUGGAAGCAUAAUAGGAGUACUGUUUGCAGAGCAUUAUUGGCUCCUUCCAUGGCUUUUCCUCCGCCUCCGUUGUUUCUUCUCAUUCUCCUGCUCUCCGCCGCCGCCUCCGCCGCCGCCGCCGUUUCGGAGCUAUCCUCCCUUCUGGAGCUGAAAGCCAGCCUUGACCCGGAUAACCUGCAUUUGGGCUCGUGGGUCGGGUCGGGCGACCCGUGCGGCGGCAUGUUUGAAGGCGUCGCCUGCAACGAGAAAGGGGAAGUGGCCAACAUCUCGCUUCAGGGGAAAGGGCUCGCCGGAAAACUUUCGCCGGCCGUCGGUGGGCUGAAGCAUUUGACCGGACUUUACCUGCACUACAACUCGCUGUACGGAGAGAUACCGCCGGAGAUUGCGAACCUCGACGAGCUGAGUGAUCUGUAUUUGAAUGUGAACAAUUUUUCCGGCGAGAUUCCGCCGGAAAUCGGAGGCAUGCAGAACUUGCAAGUUCUGCAGCUGUGCUACAAUCAUCUGACCGGCAGCAUACCGACGCAGCUCGGCUCGAUGAAGAAGCUCAAUGUUCUAGCUUUGCAGUCAAAUCUUUUAACCGGCGCAAUUCCGGCUAGCUUGGGAGACUUAGCCGUCUUAAUGCGGCUCGACCUGAGUUUCAACCGCCUCUUCGGCUCCAUCCCGACGAAAGUUGCCGACGCCCCGCUUCUCCAAGUUCUGGAUGUUCGAAACAAUACACUCUCCGGCAAUGUACCUCUCGCGCUGAAGAGACUGGUCGACGGAUUUCGGUAUGAGAACAAUCCAGGGUUAUGCGGAUCGGGAUUCUCGUCGCUGCGAUUCUGUAGUAAUUUCGAUCGACCGAAUUCGGAGAGGCCGGAGCCUUAUGCAGGAGCGACAUCCGGUGUUCCCGUGACUAAGAACAUUCCGGAAACAGCCGAUCUUAAUUUGAACUGCAGCCGAGGUUCUUGCUCGAAGAAAUCGAAGGGAUCGCCGGCGUCAGCUGCAGUUGCAGUAAUCGUCGUUGCAGUGGUCGUGUCUGUCGUAGGUAUUCUAUCGUUCUCAAUCUACCGAAGGCGCAAGCAGAAACUCGGGAGCGGAUUCGAUGCGCCGGAAAAUCGUCUCAGCACUGAUCAUGCCAAGGAACUCUACAACAGCAAGAACGGCUCCCCGCUCGUGAGCCUCGAGUACUCGAACGGUUGGGAUCCAUUGGGCGAGGGUCGACGUUUCGGUGUUUCGCAAGAGGUUAUACAGAAUUUUCGGCUGAAUCUUCAGGAGGUUGAAUCGGCGACGCAGUAUUUUGCCGAGAAGAACAUCUUGGGAAAGAGCAACUAUUCAAUCGCGUACAAAGGGAAGCUGAGAGACGGAUCGAUCGUAAUUGUUAAGAGGAUUACAAAAAGCAGCUGCAAGUCGGAGGAAGCCGAGUUCUUGAAGGGUCUGAAUAUACUCUCGUCCUUAAGCCACGAAAACUUGGUUAUGUUGCGUGGCUUCUGCUGCUCGAGAGGUCGCGGGGAGUGUUUCCUCGUCUACGACUUUGUUCCCAACGGGAAUUUGUUUCAGUAUCUCGAUCUCAAAGAGGGCGACACGCGGAGUCUCGAAUGGUCGACGAGGGUCUCAAUUAUCCGGGGCGUAGCUAAAGGCAUUGCUUAUCUGCACGGUUCGAACCCAAAUAAGCCGUCUUUAGUUCACCAAAACAUAUCGGCGAAGAACGUGCUCAUCGACAGCCGAUCGCAGCCCUUGUUAUCGGACUCAUGUCUGCUGAAGCUGCUAACGAAUGAUACCGUGUUUUCAGCUCUAAAAGCGAGUGCUGCUAUGGGGUACCUCGCGCCUGAGUACACGACAACCGGACGUUUCACCGACAAAAGCGACAUCUACGCGUUCGGGGUGCUUGUUUUCCAGAUCCUCUCUGGGAAGAAACGAUACACGAGCUCGAUGCGCGCUUCGGCUGAGACAAACAACCUCGAUUUCCUCGACGUGCAUCUGCAAGGGAAGGUGUGUGAGCCCAAAGCUGCUGUGCUCGCUAACAUCGCUCUGUUGUGUACCCACGAAUGUCCUGAGGAUAGGCCGGCAAUGGAGACGAUUGUACGCGAGCUUUGCAAGUGAAUCAAGACAUUGUAAGCUGUAGUAACGUAGAUUGCUGCUAACCACUUGAUCUGUAGUGUAAUAUGAUCUUUGUAGGACUUGGGUAGGGUUCUCUUUUCUCCUUCGAACCUUUCUCGUAUUCGAAUGAUCGAUCGAUUCGUAUGUGAAGAACACUUUCUGUUUUCAUGAAA